AUGUGGGACUACUUUGAUGGCAAAUCCAUCCUAGUCACCGGAGGGUCUCGGUUUCUAGGAACUGCUGUUGUACAUCGCCUGCUUAGCCGUUCGUCUACAUGUCAUGUCUACUUACUUUGUCGCGGGGGAGAGGAGUACGUUGAAACUUCGCCCGGAUUUAGAGACCGUACGGCGAAUGCCCACCUUCAUGCUCCCAGCAAAGUAACUGGCUCUGAUUUGGAUGUUCAAGAAGACUUUUAUUGUCUUAAAACCCAAGGAAAUCCCAUUGACGAGUGGAACGACGUGAAGAAGCUCGGUACAAGCCAGGCAUACGAAAGUGAAGACUUCCCAUGGGCAUAUGCCUAUGCGAAACAUUUGACGGAACGACUGUUAUUGCACCGCUUUUGUCAAUCUGACGCGAAAGAAAAACUCUUGAUUGUCCGUCCCUCAAUCGUUGGACCAGCCCAGCGCUUUCCAUUUCCGGGAUACAACAUGCGUUUUUCAAGUCCUUCCACGGUGUUAGCCACAAUAAUGGCGCUGGAACCAUAUCGCAGGUGGAAUCUCGUGACGCAGUUCGAAGCACCGGAGCUACAGGCCCAGAUAGAUGAAGUUCCUGUAGAUGUUGUUGUCGACCGUCUUUUAUCACACCUGGCUGCAGGGAACGAUGGCUGUAUUCACGCUGGGGACUGGAAGUCUGGAGAGCAACAUUGGGCAAGUCGCCUAUAUGUGAUUCUGGGCACCUCGUUUGCUUUCUCGGAGGACCGAACUAUGGCACUGAGUCGUGAGGUUGACCAGAAGAAAUUUCCAGAUCUACAGCUCUUCACUCGUAUCAACAUGGCCAGUCCUUCUGUGAUCCGAGAAGAGCACAUUCGACAUGUCAUGGAAACGUUUGCGCAGAAGUUUUGGGGGGCGUGGUUGAUUCUGAAUGUCUUUUAUCGAAACUUCGGCUUCAAAACGUGA